AUUUUUGUGGCUAAUAUACUUCCUAGUUGGAAUAAGUUUACCCCUUUGCAUGGCUCUAUCAUCUCAUCUCUUCAACUUAACCUUCAGUGGCCACCACCACACACUUCAAAUUACACAAAAUACCCUUGCUUCUUCCUUUAAUCAUCAGAUUGCCAUUUACCUCCUAUGUUACAUUUGAAAUGAGAGGCAACUCCUAUAAAUUACUUGCUAAUACUGUUUUCUGUGCAGGCCAGUUAUCUUGCAUUUGCUAGAGUGAUACUGACUUUGUUAGCAGUUUCUGAGUUUCAUCAGGAGAUGGCUUAAUGAAUGUUGUAGAGAUUCUGCAAGCAUACUAUGGCGGACCUCGUCGAUCAGAAGGCUACUGCAGCACCUCUGUCCACAAAUUUUAUCAUGACUACUAAGAAAAAGGAGCUUCUUUCUGAUGCCAUGAAAAGGACCAGUGAAUGGAUUUUUUCCCAAGAGAUUCCAAAAGAUCUCACCGUUCAUGCUGGGGGGACUUCAUUUUUACUGCACAAGUUUCCUUUAGUCUCUAAAUGUGGAUUCAUUAAGAGGUUGAUGUCAGGAUCUAGCGGUGUUUCCCUAUCUGUCAUCAAAAUUCCUGAUAUACCUGGAGGAGCAGAAGCAUUCGAACUAGUGUCAAAAUUUUGUUAUGGAAUCAACUUUGACAUAGGGUUGCACAAUAUUGGCAUCCUCAGAUGUGUGUCAGAGUAUCUCGAGAUGACAGAGGACUAUGCAACUGGAAACUUGGUGGGAAGAACCGAGACCUAUUUGGAUGAAGUUGCACUAAAAAGUCUAGGAGGGGCAGUAUCAGUCUUGCAUUCAACCGAAAGCUUACUUCCAAUAGCUGAAAAAAUGAAACUGGUGAACCGAUGUAUAGAUGCGGUUGUACUGAUAGCCUCCAAAGAGAACCAAUUUGGUAGCUCAGCUAAGGUAAAGAGUGAAACUGAUGAAGUGCAUUCUUCUUCAUAUCAUUCAAAAGAAAUUGACUAUUGGUGGGCUGAAGAAUUAACUGUACUCAGAAUUGAAAUGUUCCAAAGGGUUCUUAUUGCAAUGAUGGCAAUGGGGUUUGAUCAGUAUGCACUUGGUCCAAUUCUAAUGCUUUAUGCCAAGAAAUGGCUUCGAGGUUUGGAAUUGUUCGGGAAGGCAAGGAAAAGAAUGGAACCGAAAGAGGAGUAUGAAAAGAGAGUCGUCGUAGAGACAAUAGUUGGUCUUCUGCCAUGGGAGAAGAAUGCUAUGUCAGUCAGCUUCCUGUCAAUGCUCCUCCGAGCUUCCAUAUAUCUUGAUACAACAGUUGCUUGCAGGAUCAACCUGGAGAGGAGAAUUGGCUUGCAACUUGACCAGGCUGUUUUAGAUGACUUACUGAUACCUUCUUUUUUUCCCACUACUGGGGACACAUUGUUUGAUGUUGACACUGUGCAGCGUAUCAUGAUGAAUUUCCUUGAUCGCGAAGAAGGAACUUGUGUAGCUUACAACGCAGAUGAAGUUCGUCUCUCACCACCCCAACCUGAGAUGGAGCGGGUAGAAAAGCUAAUGGAAGAUUUCCUUGCUGAAAUAGCCUCGGAUAGUAACUUAACUGUUCCAAAGUUUGUUAAUUUUGCUGAAUGCAUGCCUGAGCAUUCAAGGACAACUGAGGACCCGAAGUACCGAGCCAUAGAUAUAUACUUAAAGGCUCAUCCUUAUAUAAGUGACACGGAAAGGAAGAAAGUGUGCAGUGUGAUGGACUGCCAGAAACUAUCUCGCGAGGCCUGCGCUCAUGCUGCUCAGAGUGACAGGCUUCCUGUUCAAACUGUGGUACAAGUCCUUUACUAUGAGCAGCAGCGCCUCAGAGAGGCCAUGGAUAGCAGUCUGUCAAGUGGAGAUUCCCCGACUCCUGCAUCUAAAGUGACUGUAAUAUCCAAAGACGCUCAUCCUGUAACCGACAACGAGCUCUCCAAAUUAGAACAAGAAAACCAGGACUUGAAACUCGAGCUGGCCAAAAUGAAAAUACAGUUGGAAGAGAUCAAGAGGAAGACAGUUAAAUCAUCUCCCAACACUCCCUUAGUGAUCACUUAUCCAUCUGCUGAUAAACCUCCUUUAGCCCCGAAAUCAAUCAUUAACUCUAUGUCUAAGAAACUAGGGCGACUUAAUUUAUUUGUUCGCGCUGAUGGAACAACUCCCAGUAGAGUGCAGAAUAGACCUAGUAAAGAUCGCAGGCAUUCUAUGUCUUGAGUGAAUUUUCUAUGACUGCUGAAAUUUUAACAAUCUUUGCAAUAGCAUGGAUUAUCUCUCCAUCUUUACUGUUCAUUUUGUCAGUGUAUUUAUGUUUUAUGCAUAUGUAAAGAUGCAACUGGUGCAUCAACGGCACUGCUGCUGAACUCGGGGUUUAGUUAUGUUCGAAACAACCUGCUGGGAUGGAGGAGAGUAUUCACGAGUGGAAUUCGAUCAGAUAUACAUAUCAUUAAUAUUGGACUCUGAUUUCAUCGAUGAUUAUAAUUUUAAGUACCCCUACUCAUAUCAAACAAGAACACAAUUCAUUCCUACCUUAUAAAAAUGCUAAAAAUGAGUUAAAUAAAAGAAAACUUUUAACACAUGUUCAGUCAAAACUUGAGCUCGAUUAUUUGGAAAAAGAACCUCUAAAUUUCAUAACGGGUGUAGAGACUUCGUUUUGUUUAGAAUAUUACUGUUUUGUGGUAGG